AUCGACCAAGAAACACAGAGAAAAAUAAUCGAUCAUCCGUUUUUCAUAAUAAUAAAUUACAGGAAAAGGCGGCAAUCCCAUUUCAUAUCCAAUUUCUUACAUGGCAAAGUCGCUGCUGUUGUAUCUACAUUACUAUUCCCCCAUCGCCACCAGCACUAGGUCAACAAGAAUAAUCUGUUCAACCGGCGGUGGCGGCAAGAAGAACCCGUCGGACCACCCGAGAAGGAGCCACCGGGCGAACCACGACCCGGCCAAACUGAAAAACAAGCAGAAAAACAUGGACCCCGCCGCCGGAGAGGGCGGAGGAGGGCGGAGGCAUCCUCUAUCGGAGGUGGUCUCCGAUUGCGUCAGGCGGUGGUUCGAGGAUACGCUGAGGGAUGCCAACGCCGGCGACAUAGGGAUGCAAGUGCUCGUGGGUCAGAUGUAUUGCGCUGGCUAUGGUGUCCCCAAAGAUGUCGCAAAGGGGAGAGCUUGGAUUGAUAGGGCUUCAAAGACUCGAUCUUCUGCUAAGAAAGUGGGAGAUAAGCACCCUGGUUACAAUGCAAGUGACUCCGAUUCAUAAGAAGCUGCACAUUGACCAUUAUUAUCUGAAAGCAUGAGCAGGAUAGGGUCUGGAUCACAAGCCUAGCAGCUUCUUCAGGUGUCCUCGGUGGCGGGUUUGCUUCUCUCCAUGCUUCUAUUAGCUUUCUGUACCUUUUAACACCAAAAACAACAGAAGAGACCCAAUAUUGAAAGAACAGCAGGAAAUUGCUGUUCUAGAAAAAUGGCAAAUCCGCCCCACUUUCUGCAUUCACAAACCACGACAAGAUCAAAGCUUUUCUUUACCAAUUCGCUUGAGCUUUCUUGGAUGAGACGACAUGCUUAGCCAAUCCUUGUGGAACCUGAGUGGGAAAAAAAGCCAUGGAGCAAAGGGGGUGGUUGAUGAAGAACAAAAGAGAUUCAACAGGUAGCAGCAGAAGUUGAAUCCUUACUGAAAUGAGUAUCCAAAAGAAAGAAAUUGUACCUGGGAGGUGUUCUCGAAGUGGAACAAAUCGUGGGCAAGGGCUGAAACCCCCGCAGCAGGUGCAGAGGCGGCAUGGGGAUAUUCAUAGUCCCCUGCUGCUGUCGGUUUGCAGCAAUUGUGGUAGAGAAAUCGCAGGGCAUUUCCCAUCCUAGAAUUCCCUUCCCCUCAAACAAAUUGUUAAGCCUUCUGCUACGGGAGACUUCUCAAUGGGGUGAUCUGCUGAGGAAUCAGUGAGCGCAGCAGCGGCAGGAGCUCAACAAUGGAGGAAGAAGGGAAGGAAACGGAAUGAUUUCUCUGAGAUGGGGUUUUGAUUUUUG